AUGAAACCUCGUCUGAAACUAAGCAAGGAAAGCACAAGUCCACCUGUAGACACAACUCUGUAUCGAAGUAUUGUUGGCAGUUUAAGAUAUCUACUGCACACACGCCCAGAUUUGGCAUUCUCUGUCGGCAUGGUGAGUAGAUACAUGGAGAAGCCCACAGCGGAGCACAUGGCCGCAGUAAAGCACAUAUUACGGUAUGUUAAAGGAACUUUAAACCUCGAUUGCGUUUUUGAGAAAAAGGAAGGAAGCUUGGAGCUGAUCGCUUACUCUGAUAGUGAUCUAGCUGGUGAUACUAAUGACAGGAAAAGCACCUCAGGUUUAAUAUUUUUCCUUGGGUCUUAUCAUAUUAGUUGGUGUUCACAAAAACAGAAAGUGGUUGCGUUAUCUUCAUGUGAAGCGGAGUACAUCGCUGCCUGUGCAGCAGCGUGUCAAGGAGUGUGGCUGGGACGACUAUUGGCAGAUUUUUUAAAGACCGAGGUGAAGAAAGUGAUUCUAAAGAUCGAUAAUCAGUCUACAAUUGCAUUGAAAGAUCAGUGUGCUGAUAUUAUGACAAAGUCACUUGCAAAAUUGAAGUUCUUGGAGAUGAGAGAGAAAACUGGUUUGCGGAUCGACAGUGGAGGACAACAAGCUUAA